UGCCUCCGGCGCGCGCGUGGAUUGACGGGGCGGGCUGGCUGGUGCUAGGAAGGAAACACUGUACGCUGGGGCGACAGGACAGCUUCGUCCCAGAUUUCAUUCCGUUCCCGAGGAGAGGAAUAGAAUGCAAAAACGAUAAAUACCAAAAAAGAGAAAGACUUGACAAGUGGAUGUUCAAGGAUUCCAGAGUGGAAGGAGGAGAAAGGCAAGACAGGAGGAGUGUGCCGGGUCCUCCCAGUUCUCAGCCAUGAGCCCCAUGCAGUGGGGGCUUCUGCUGGGGUGCCUGGGCUGCAGAAUCCUGCCUGGAGCCUGGGCCCAGUUCCCCCGGGUCUGCAUGACCUUGGACAACCUGGUGAACAAGGAGUGCUGCCCACCACUGGGUGCCAAUCCAGCCAACGUCUGUGGCUUACAGGAGGGCCGCGGGCAGUGUGCAGAGGUGCAAGCUGACACCAGGCCCUGGAGUGGCCCGUACGUCCUGCGAAACCAGGAUGACCGUGAGCAGUGGCCAAGGAAGUUCUUCAACCGGACCUGCAAGUGCACAGGAAACUUUGCUGGCUACAACUGUGGAGACUGCAAAUUUGGCUGGUUGGGCCCCAACUGCAAUCAGAGGAAGCCACCAGUUGUUCGACGGAACAUUCACUCCUUGACCCCUCAGGAAAGGGAGCAGUUCUUGGGUGCCUUAGACCUCGCCAAGAAGAGGACCCACCCUGACUACGUGAUCACUACCCAGCACUGGCUGGGCCUGCUUGGGCCCAGUAGGACUGAGCCACAGAUCGCCAACUGCAGCAUUUAUGAUUUUUUUGUGUGGCUGCAUUAUUAUUCUGUUAGAGAUACACUAUUAGGACCAGGGCGCCCCUACAAGGCCAUAGAUUUCUCACACCAAGGGCCUGCCUUUGUUACCUGGCACCGGUACCACUUGUUGUGGCUGGAAAGAGAUCUGCAGAGACUCACUGGAAAUGCGUCGUUUGCUUUGCCGUACUGGAACUUUGCCACUGGCAAGAACGAGUGUGAUGUGUGCACAGACCAGCUGCUGGGGGCAGCAAGACAAGAUGAUCCCACUCUGAUCAGUGAGAACUCAAGAUUUUCCAGCUGGAAAAUUGUCUGUGACAGUCUGGAUGACUACAACCGCCGGGUCACCCUGUGUAAUGGCACUUAUGAAGGUUUCCUGAGAAGAAACCGAGUGGGAAGAAACAGUGAGAAACUGCCCACCUUAAAAAAUGUACAAGAUUGUCUGUCUCUCCCCAAGUUUGACAGUCCUCCUUUCUUCCAGAACUCCACCUUCAGCUUCAGGAAUGCCCUGGAAGGAUUUGAUAAAGCAGACGGGACCAUCGACUCUCAAGUGGCCAACCUUCACAAUUUGGUCCACGCCUUCCUGAAUGGGACAAAUGCUCAGCCACAUUCAGCUGCCAAUGACCCUGUUUUUGUGGUUCUCCAUUCCUUUACUGACGCCAUCUUUGAUGAGUGGAUGAGAAGAUACAACCCUCCUGUGGAUGCCUGGCCUCAGGAGCUGGCACCCAUUGGCCACAAUCGGAUGUAUAACUUGGUUCCUUUCUUUCCUCCGGUCACCAACGAGGAACUCUUUUUACCUGCAGAACAACUUGGCUACAGUUACACCAUUGAUCUGCCAGUGGAAGAAACUCCAGGUUGGAGCCCAACACUCUUAGUGGUUUCAGGGCUGCUGCUGGCUAUGGUGGGUCUUUUUGUGCUGCUGAUGUACCUUCAAUACCGAAGGCUUCGAAAAGGAUACACACCCUUGAUGGAGACUCAUCUAAGCAACAAGAGAUACACAGAAGGCGCUUAGGAGGCUCAGACUCUACCCUAAAGAAGAGUUGGCAUUCUGACCUUUAAAAUAAUAGGACAAGUCUUCACUGUUCUUUAGUUGAAGAUCUCUGGCAUAGCUUCCCCUCUAGUGAUAUCAUCCCCAGUACAGAAGAUGUUUAGCUAAAGAUUCUGGUUUGCUUUAUUUAACAAACUGCAGCUAAAGUGCUUGGGUCCUAUCUCUAUUGUUAAAUUGAGGUAGAGUUGACAGUUUGUGGUAUCUGAUAAGAAUUCUCCAAAUAGAAAGCCCCCCAAAAUAAAUAAGUGAAAUCAUUAAGCGGAUUUAUCGAAAUAUGCAGUGUAAUUUGAGACCUGGACAAGAUCGUAGUUACAUUUUGCUUAGAUCAAGUGUCUUUGGCAUGGAGGUGAGAAGUGUGUAUCAAUUAGCUUUUCAUUAUUAUCCUAGAAUACCCAAGGCAGGCUAACUUUAUAGAGAAAAGAGUUUUAUUUGGCUCACAGUUCUCUAGGUGCAAGAUUCAGGGGCUACAUUUGGUGAGGGCCUUAUUGUUGGUGGAGUCCCCUGGAAGUGCAUGGCAAGAGACAAGGAACACACCUGUGUAAGCGUGUCUAUGUAUUCUCUCUCCCUUCUUUUAGAAUCUCUAGGACUCAGUCAUGGGGUGCCCCCGUGGUCACAUCUAAUUCUAAUUGCUUCCCAAGGGCUCUACUUCUAAACAUCAGACUUGAAUUGUUUCCACUCUCUUAAUACCUCACAAUAGGGACUGCAUGUCAACAUGAAGCCUUGUGGGGACACUCCAACCACAUUCAAAGCAUAGCAGGGCUGCAGGUACGAGAUGAAUCUCCAAGGUCCCUUUUAAUUCAAGCGAUGCUUUAGAUUCCCUCCUGUCUGUCUUCCUUGGGCAUCUUUUUUUUUUCUUUUCUCUCUCUUUUCCUCUCCAGUGUUAAAGAUGAAAAUAAAUCUUAUUUUCCAAAGAAUGAAUAAUGAUUAAGUCAGUUUUCUUUAUACAUUAGACUUUACAGAAUGUAUUAAAAAUGUGCAUUUCUUAAUCAUGGACUUACUAUAAGAUUCUAUAGCUGGAUAAACAUCGAUGCUAUAGUGAUAAGUAAACAGAUAAGGGAAUAAAAUUAUAGUGCUUCCUUGUUAAUUAGCAUGCUGUUCUAAACCUAUUAACAAGGAUGGAAUCACUCUUUCCAGGGAAGGCUGACUGGAGAAGCCUGGUGAGGCUAUAAUCCCAAGAGUGAGACAAUUUGAUUGGUGUCCCAUUACUCUCAGGUCUCCUUUGUCUUAUCCUCAACCAAUUCCUUUGCUAGGUAACUUCCAAUGAAAUUUUUUUUUUUACAUGUAAUGCAUUAGGCUUAUUUUUUAAGAGUUGACUCUAGAUUCAUUAAUGUUGCGCUGUACUGAUAGUAACUCAUGAAUACUAAUCAAUGAAGUCUUAUUGUUCAGAAGCAAACCAUCUGUUUUAAAUACAACAAUUUAGAAUUAAGUGACUAUGUUCUUCUAAGUAAUUAUCAGAUCAUGAGAAAUAAGAAUGAGGCCUUUUUUUCUAUGAUGUUCAGACUUAUCCUGAUGUUCCCCACUUCUGAGAAGUUAAUGGUUAUUGAGAUUUCAAAGCAAAUUCAUCUGCUCUUGGUGUCUGUGCCUCCUCAGGAGUGGGGCUGAAGUUCUAGAGCCUGGCUCUUCUGUUGGCUUGUUGCCCCUCUGUUACAAUGACCAUGAAGCUGUCUUCCACAUAUUGGGGGACCAAGAAGGGAGAAGAUUCAAAGAACCAGCAUUUUACUCUGGAGUGAAUUCUAAAGCCAGAGAAAUGGACAAUACUCCGUUGCUACCGAAUUUGAAGGUGAAUCUCAUAAAGUUACAGGUGUAUCUGAGAGUAGGCUCAGCAAUAACAACCCAGGUAACCUGGUGUCCUUUGUAGAUUGAGCUUUUUAGUCACAGUGCCACAUGUGUAGAUCCGAUUUCUGCUAUUAACAGUAUUCAUGGAAAACAUGGCCAUGCAUUGUUCAUAUGGUCCUUUCUGGAAAGUUUAUGCUCUGACUCAGGAUUGUUGGGGAACACAUUUUUACCUCCUGCUUUUAAACAACAACAAAAAAGGAAAUACAUUAAAUAAAGAUAUAAUUGUACAUGGAAGAUAUGUUCCUGAAAAGUUCUAUAUAAAUCAAUUAUAUGUUAAAAACACCCAGGAAAAUCACAUUUUUAUAGAUGAACUAGUAUGAAUAAUUCUAUAAAGCAAAUAACCAUCUCUAGUUUAUCUUUCAGGUAUAUCAGAAUGUUCAUACAUCAUAUUUUCAUAAGAUUCAAUUAAAGAAAGACCUACUUGAGGUAGAGAUAAAUAGUAAUCAAAUUACACUUGUGCAACUUUCUAUAAAUAUUAUGUUUUAUAAAGUCUUCCUGAAAGAAAUAAUUUCCUAAUUUUGUAGUUCAUAGAAGAGGAAUAAAAUUUUGUAACAUUUUCUAAUCUUACAGCAAAUCAGUUAAGAAUGCAUUUUAACUACUCUAAAGGUAGGAUAAACUUACAGAAUAAAAAGUUGGGGUUAACUUACAUUGAAUAUUAUGCAAAUAAACUCAGAAAAUGUCACUGGGCAUUGCAGGAAUGUACUUUUCAAUGAGGGAGAAAAAUAUUUAACCUUGAAGAAAAUGAACAGAUCACUUUAUAUGCUUAUCCUGAGUACUGGGAAAAUUAUAUGUAUAUAAAUUAUGAUUUUAAUAGAAAUGCUUUUAUAAAGGUGAUAUUCAGAAGUGAAA